AUGAAGGGGAACUUAAUACUCUCUCUUAACAAUGCCAAAGAUUAUCUAAAGAAUAAAAACGAGGAAGGGAAUAAUGUAUAUGAUCACGUUUGUGAUAUUAUCAAUUUUAUUGUUGUUGAAAAACCAGAGAAAUGUUAUGAAAACUUUGAACUUAUAUCAAAUCAUUUAAAAGAAAGCAAAAAAUGUAAUGAUGUAAGAAUUAUGGAUGAAAAAAAAGAUGGAUUGGAAAAAGAAAAAAACAAUCUAGAUAAUUAUAUAUUAAAUGAUCACAUAAAAAAGAAAAAAAAAUGGUUAUAUAAAAUGAAAAAAUGGUACUUUGAAAAUAAUAUGGAAAAGAAACAAAAUAAUAAUAUAUUAUUUUUGCCAUUCUUACAUAAUAUAUUUCAACAAAUGAAAUUAAUAAAUUGGGCAGGAUAUCAUGUUAAAAAUAAUUUAAUAUGUUAUAUUAAUAUGUCCAUGAAAAAUAUUAUACAACAAUAUAAAGAUGAACUCUUAUCAUUACGCUUCUGGGGUAUUAUUAAGGGAACACAUAAUGAUUAUUAUAUUCUAGAGGGAGAGGUCAAAAAGGAUAUAACUAUUUUUUCAAAAAAGAAAAAAGAUAAAACGGAAAAAAAUUCUUAUGAUGAUGAGGAUACAAACAAGGAUGAGCAAUCUUCUCAUUCAAGUAAUGUAGUGAAAAAAAGAAAAAAAAAGAAACGCGAUGGAAGUGAUGAGGAUGAUAAAAGUGAUGAGGAUGAUGAGAGUGAUGAGGAUGAUAAAAGUGAUGAGGAUGAAAAAAGUGAUGAGGAUGAAAAAAGUGAUGAGAAUGAAAAAAGUGAUGAGGAUGAUGAGAGUGAUGAGAAUGAAAAAAGUGAUGAAGAUGAAAAAAGUGAUGAGGAUGAAAAAAGUGAUGAGAAUGAAAAAAGUGAUGAGAAUGAAAAAAGUGAUGAGAAUGAAAAAAGUGAUGAGAAUGAAAAAAGUGAUGAUCAUAAUAAUUAUUUUGAAUAUAGCAAAACUAAAAAUAAUACAUUUCAAUAUAAAAAGGAUGACUAUGAAAGAUUCAAUAAAAAUGUUAAUAAAUAUGUAUAUUGGGUAUCUUUGAAUGGAAUAGAAAAUUGGAUAUUAUUAAAAUCGACUACUCCAAAAUAUAUUGAAAUAGCUAGCAAAAUGAAUAAAAUGCUUACUGGUAAUAUGAAUGAAACCAUAAAUUCUUUUCCUAAUCUUUCUAUUAAGGAAAAACAUUAUCUAAGAGCCCUCAUAUCAAUAAUUUCAUCCAACACACAUAUAUCACCUCAGAAUUAUUUUAUAAAAAAAAAGGAAGGUGAAAAAAAAAAAGGUGGGGGAAAUUAUAAGAAUGAUGAAAAUGGAGAUCAAGAUGAAGAAGAAGAAGAAAAUGAUGAAGAAAAUGAAGAAGAAAAUGAAGACGAAAAUGAUGAUAACAAUAAUGAUGACAAUAAUAAUAACAAUGAUGAUGAUGAAAUAAUUAAAAAUAAAAAUUUUCAUUUCGAUAUACAACUAUUAAAGAAUAUACAAAAUUGGGUUUAUUGUAAAUUCUCUUUUUUACCUAAUGGUCAUAUUUUUUAUCCAAAAAGUGGAAAUUUAAAAAAAAAAAAAAAUUUAACACUUUUUAUGAAUGAAAAUAAAGUUUUAAAUAUUUUACGAAAUAUUUCUGAUCAGCAAGAUAAUAAAAAUAUAUGGAAAAUAAAACAUCUAAAUCAUGGAGAUUAUUAUGGUAAAAAUCAAUUACAUUAUGAUAUUAUUAUUAUUUAUAAUUUCCUUUUUUAUGGUGCAUUUACUAUAUAUUCUAAUAAAGAGUAUUUCAAUUUUUAUAUUGGCAAUGGUAUAAAAUCCAAGCAUGCAUAUUUACAUACAUACCAGCCUCAAAAAAUUCAGUCCGAUAAAAGUGAACUAUCAGAAAUUGAGCAAACAGAUUAA